AUAAGAAUACAAAAUGUACAUGGUGAAAAAUGAUAAGAAUUUGUACGCUUAUAAAAGUCGCCUUUCUUCCUUGAUAUUGUCAGUUAAAAGAAUCGAGCUCGAGAAGCAAAUACAAAAAAAAAAAAAAGAAAAAGACAAGGUGUUUCACGAUGAAAGGAACAUGGUACGUGGUAAUUACGGUCAUUGCGGCUACAUUGGCCAUUGUUAUGACCGAAGAUACGGUGAUAACACCAAUACCAACGGAAUGUCCCGCAAUAGAUCCUCUGAACUACACUGUCCAUUUGGCGCACGAGUCGGAUUGCACUAAAUUCUACAAAUGUGAUCAUGGCAAGAAGAUCGAGAUGACUUGUCCAUUGAUGAACAAUAACGGAGAAAGACUGCACUUCAAUCCUAAAUUACAAGUUUGUGACUUUCCAGAUAAAGCUGGUUGUACAUCUUCUACUAAGGAUCCUUCUAAACCUACCCCAUCUGUACCUACUCCAUCUAAACCUUCCUCAUCCGAACCUACUCCAUCUAAACCUUCCUCAACCGAACCUACUCCAUCUAAACCUUCCUCAACCGAACCUACUCCAUCUAAACCUUCCUCAACCGAACCUACUCCAUCUAAACCUUCCUCAACCGAACCUACUCCAUCUAAACCUUCCUCAACCGAACCUACUCCAUCUAAACCUUCCUCAACCGAACCUACUCCAUCUAAACCUUCCUCAUCUGAAGCUACUCCAUCUGAACCUACUUCAACUAAACCUUCCUCAUCUAAACCUAACCCAUCUCAACCGAGUUGUUCUCCAGAUGGUGUCGGUCAAUCUCAUGAAUGCUCUUGCGAAAAAUAUUAUCUCUGCAAAAACAGCGAACUCGUUCUUCAAAAAUGUCCCGAUGGUCUUCAUUGGAACUCCAAAGCAGGCAAGUGCGAUAAAGCUAUCGAGUCGAAUUGUAUCAAAGAGAAAACUUUAAAAUGGUAUUAUUAAUUCGUUUGAACAACGAUGAACUUAUAGAGCAUAAUAUUAGCCAAAAAUGUAAAUAACAAUAUCAUUAUAAAUAAACAUUGCGUCGACGAUAUCGAUAAGAAGUUUAGUAUAAGAAGUAUCGACUAAUUCAGAUAACAGAAUUAAUAAAAUAAAUCGCGAUAUAAAUAGAAAUUCGGUUCGAUAAUCAUAAUAAUUCGAUGUCAAUUUUUAUCGUUAAAUCAAAAGCGCGCUUUUUAUUACAAUGGAAACAUUAUUUCUUAUCGAUGAUACAAGUCGAUAAAAUAGUUAUCUCUCACAUUGUCAUUCGGCGACAUCUACCAUUAUUUAAGCGCAACUAAAGUAUCACACGAUAAUAAGUAUCACAUUCUCUUCUGUUUUUGUGGAGAAAUAUAUCAAUGAAAGAUUUAUAAUAUUGAUUAAUAAUUUGAUCGUAUCUCACAUUUGAUUUCUUUUUAUCUCUAUUUAUAUUCCUGUAAAAAAGAAUUGUCGAAUUUUCGAUAAACGAUAUCAUUCAAAGAAGUAGAUUGAUUUUUUAUUUAAUUUAAUUAAGUAGCUUAAUUUUUUUUUCCUCUUUUUGUUUUUUGUUUCCUUUUUUUUUUAACUCGUACACGUCAUUCUAAUUAUCGCAAAUAUUGUUUGAUUACUGCAGAAAUAUCUUUAUAAUUACAUGACAAGAUUUACAAGCGAUUACGAUAAUAAUUUAGAUUCAACUAUGUAAUUUCCGGAUGUACAAUUAUUACCGAGCGUACGAACGAAAAAUGGAAAUUAACCUUAAAGAUGGUGCACGUUAUUUCAGAUAUUUAUCUGGUUGUAUAAGAAUUAUAAUUUGUUUAAUAUCCAAAUAUCCUGCUU